UCGAGGUCCUCACAUCUCAUCUCGGUGCUGACAGCGGCAACAUGUCGCCCUUCCUGCGCAUCGGCUUCUCCAACUUUGAGAUGGACCCGGGCCUGGCGUACCACGAGGAGGUCCUCAACCCGUACUGUGCCGUCUACAUGAAGGAGGCCGUCGAUACAGAAAAGGGUCAGGUGUACAAGCAGAAGAAGCCCACCAUGUACCCCCCCUGGAGCACCACCUUUGACGCGCACGUGCACCAGGGGCGCAUCAUGCACGUGAUGGUGAAAGACCGCACGGCCGAGUUGAAGUCCGAGACCACCGUGGCUCUGGACUCGCUGGCGACUCGCUGCAAGAAGGAGAGCGGCAAGCUGGAGAUAUGGCUGGACUUGAAGCCGCAGGGCCGCCUGUUAAUGGAAGCCAAAUAUUAUCUGGAGAAAAGUGACGCGUCGGGGAAGGCCGAAGGCGAGCCGGACCGAGAGGGUCUGUUCGCCCUCCACCAGCGACGCGGCGCUAUCAAACAGGCUAAAAUUCACGUGGUUAAAUGUCACGAGUUCAGCGCCACCUUCUUCCCCCAACCCACCUUCUGUUCUGUCUGCAAGGAGUUUGUCUGGGGUCUUAACAAGCAAGGUUACCAGUGCAGACAUUGCAACGCAGCCAUCCACAAAAAAUGCAUCGACAAAGUCAUUGCCAAAUGCACAGGGUCGGCCAUCAACAGCAAAGAAACUAUGAUCCACAAAGAGCGCUUCAAGAUCGACAUGCCGCACAGGUUCAAAGUGUACAACUACAAGAGUCCCACCUUCUGUGAACACUGUGGGACCCUCCUGUGGGGGCUGGCCAAGCAGGGUCUGAAAUGUGAGGAGUGUUGCAUGAACGUCCACCACAAGUGUCAGAAGAAGGUGGCCAACCUGUGUGGAGUCAACCAGAAGCUGAUGGCAGAAGCUCUGGCCAUUAUUGAGAGCAAACAGCAGGCCAGGACCAGCAGAGAAGGUGACAUUGUCGGUCGAGAAGGUCCAGUCGGUGUCAGCCAGCCGGGAAUGAUCCAAGAGCCGACGGCAGACGACUGGGCGAGUAAAGAGUUGAAGGGUGUUUCCUGGGAGGGGCCCCCAGACACCAGCAAGCUGCCUGUCGACCAGGAGGAGGAGGAGCCUCUUUACACCUUCCCAAAGAAGGAUCAGCCCAAAUUUUCCAUCGACGACUUUGUUCUGCACAAGAUGCUCGGGAAGGGCAGCUUUGGCAAGGUGUUUUUAGCCGAGCUGAAAAAUAGCGGGCGUUUUUUUGCUGUCAAGGCUCUGAAGAAGGACGUGGUUCUGAUGGACGACGAUGUGGAGUGCACCAUGGUGGAGAGGAGGGUCCUCUCUUUAGCCUGGGAAAACCCCUUCCUCACACACCUGUACUGCACCUUCCAGACAAAGGAGAACCUGUUUUUUGCGAUGGAGUACCUGAAUGGAGGCGAUCUCAUGUUCCACAUCCAGAACUGCCACAGGUUUGACCUGCACAGAUCCACCUUUUACGCGGCUGAGAUCGUCUGCGGCCUUCAGUUCCUGCACUCCAAAGGAGUCAUUUACAGGGACCUGAAGCUGGACAAUGUGCUGCUGGACUCCGAGGGACACAUCAAGAUCGCAGACUUUGGCAUGUGCAAGGAGACCAUGCAGGAGGAAUCAAGGACGUCCACCUUCUGUGGGACCCCGGACUACAUCGCCCCCGAGGUUGGGACGCAGAUCCUGCUGGGCCAGAAGUACAACAGUUCAGUGGACUGGUGGUCCUUUGGGGUCCUGCUGUACGAGAUGCUCAUCGGCCAGUCUCCCUUCCACGGCCGGGACGAGGAGGAGCUCUUUCAGUCCAUACGCACGGACAACCCCGUGUACCCCCGCUGGCUCACCAACGACACCAAGGACAUCCUGGUCCAGCUGUUUGUCAGAGAACCUGAGGGGCGCCUGGGAGUGAAGGGCAACAUCAGGAAGCACAGCUUCUUCGGCGACACGGACUGGAACGCGCUGGAACUUCGGCAGGUGGAGCCGCCCUUCAGGCCGACCUUGACAUCUCCCAGCGACUGCAGCAACUUCGACCAAGAGUUCACCAACGAGAAGCCCCGCCUGUCGUGUGCCGACCGCACGCUCAUCAACAGCGUGGACCAGACCAUGUUCAGGAACUUCUCCUUUGUCAACCCGGGCGUAGCCCGAACGGCAGUGCGCUGAUCACGUGACUGACUGGCCGCCCAAUCAGCACUCAGACUGCUGUAAAUACAUGGAAAAACACACAAGUGUGUCGAGCUGUAAGACAAAAACUGACCGCUAGUUCAGUGGUUCUCAAAGUUUCUUCACCAAGUGGAAAAAACUUGGCUCGCCAAGUACCACCAUACUGACCAACAUUAAUAUACAGUAGGCCUGAGUAUUCAUUAAAAACAAGGCAAAUGUUGUAUUUAACAUUUGGGCCACUGUAACAUUAUACUCUGUGUUUGAAUGUAGAAGAAAAAAACACUGUACUUUCACCAAGUGAUUCUUUGGCGCACCAUUAGGUGGAAUACGCGUACAAGUUUGAGAAUCACUGGUCUAGUUUAGUAAAUAAAUGUAAUCCUACACAUGAAUGUAACUAAAAGUAGCAAAAAUAAUCUUCUGAGAAGCUUUGUUUGGAGUUCUUGUGUCAGAUCCCAGGAUGUCAUUGUUUGUGCAGCCCUUUGAGACAUUUGAGAUUGACUGUUAGUCAUUUUUGAUUGAUUGAUUGAUUGAUUGAAGCAGCGUCCUCUGCAGUAGACAUUUGUUUGAGCUCGUUCUCCUAAUGUCCACUGCACAGGACGCUGCUUCUCAGGAGGUUUAACCUUUGUUCUCAAAAAGGAUGCUUGUCGUGUCAUACGCUGCUGCACAUGGUGUUUAUUUGUCAACAGAACUCAUUCUGUUAACCACACUUACCUUUGUUUACAUUUGCUUUUGUGGCCUCAGAAGUGUUGAAAAUAAAAAUGUCCAAUUUGAUUGCCGUUAAAGUGUUUAUGAAAAAGGGAAGAAUGUUGUUUGUGCAAGAAAGACUGCCCUCAGCCUUAACCAGUUGACACAAUAGUGUUUGAUUGGAGAGACAAGGUGAGUGUUCAGAAAGAAAUGAGUGACUCUUACAAGCAGGCAUCAUAUAAUUAACUCUAGUUCAUAUUUUCUUCCAGUGAACUUGCUCUUCUGGUCAAAGUGCAGCUGUCAACAACAAACAAGGCUCAUGUGCGGUAAGUACUGUACUGUACUGUAUUUCACAUUCC